CGCCAUUUUGCCAUGUGUAAACCAUGUCCAGCGAUUAUUUCAGCCAGCCAUUACUUUUAGCCGCAAACACAUUAUACUAUACACAAUGUCCAGCAAGCCCAUCUACGCCCUCUCAGGUCUCUCCGUCGCAGGCGGUAUCGUGGCCUACACGCGCUACUCGUCUCUCCCGUCGCUCGUCGCUUCGCUCGGUAUCGGCAGUGCGAUGAUGAUUAGCGGGAUGCGGAUUCGGGAUGGGAUGGAUUAUGGGUAUGAGAGUGCGGCUGCAAGCUCGGCCGCACUAAUGUACCCCACUAUAAGACGAUUCGUCAAGACCCGCGCUCGUUUUCCAGCUAGCCUUGCGCUGCUCGCAACAGCCAGCACGGCGUAUUAUCUUGUAGAAACGUUUGACGGUCAUGCCGAAAGACCGGUGGCUACGCCAUUGUAAUGGGGCCUGUUUAUCGCGCCAUCAUUCGUUUCCCCCUCGUCCCCCUUCACCCCGCGUCAGGUUGGACCGGUAUUGCGUUUCUGAUUCUGAAUUUUGAAGAAAUCAUAGGAAGGGAGUGGAAGGGAAAGCGGAGUAGGGAGAGAAUUCAAACUAUUGUAACCUUUUCUUAAAAGAACCAUCUGUAUGAAUAAAAAUGCUGAUCCCAA